AUGGUCAAAAUCAACGACUUCGCCGUCGAAUCGUGGAUGGACGCAUACGAGACGAAAUGCAAGUACAACAUUGCCGAGACGUGCUGUGCCUCCGUGUCCCUUGAUCAACUGCGAGAGCUGUCCGAAGAUAAGGAUCGCGAGAUAUUCGACACCUCAAAGGUCCUCAACUACGGCGCCAUCAGAGGAUCCGAUGACCUGAGGAACAACCUCGCCAGACUGUACUCUGCAAAAGUCACAACCCCUUUGAGCCAGGACAACAUCAUCACUACGCCUGGAGCCAUUCAGGCAAACUACCUGACUGCGUAUGCGCUCGUGGGUCCUGGAGACCAUGUCAUCUGCCACUACCCAACGUACCAGUCCCUCUAUGAGGUGCCAAAGCAGCUGGGCGCAGAGGUCGACUUGUGGAAAGCAUCGCCCCAUAAUGAAUGGGCUCCCACCAUCGAAGACCUGAAAGCGCUGAUCAAGCCCAACACCAAGCUCAUCGUCAUCAACAACCCCAACAACCCCACUGGAGCCGUCUUAAAGAAGUCCUUCCUGCAAGAGCUCAUCGACGUUGCCACAGAACACAACAUCACCAUCAUGAGCGACGAAGUCUACCGUCCCAUCUUCCACUCCAUGAGCCCACUGGACAAAGAAUUCCCCCCAUCCCUCAUGUCAAUGGGGUACUCGAACAUCGUCGUCACAGGAUCAAUGUCGAAAGCCUACUCUCUCGCCGGCAUCCGCGUGGGCUGGAUCGCAUCCCGCGACUCCUCGCUCAUUGAGAAGAUCGCCUCCGCACGCCACUACACGACCAUAUCCGUCUCUGCAUUCGACGAGCAAAUCGCCGCUUACGCCCUCCACCCGUCCACCAUCCACAAGCUACUCGCCCGCAACAUCCAGCUCGCCAAGGCAAACCUCGCCCUGCUGGAGAAGUUCCUCAUCAAGAACGAGGACGAGUGCGAGUGGGUGAAGCCUGUAGCCGGGACCACGGCGUUCAUCAAGUUCCACAGAGAUGGGAAACCGGUCGACUCUGUGGAUUUCUGCAAGAAGCUGCUUGAGAAGACGGGCGUGCUGUUUACGCCUGGGAGUGAGUGCUUUGGCAGCGAGUGGAAGGGCUAUGUGCGUGUUGGGUUUGUGAACCAGACGGAGAUUGUGAAGCAGGGGCUCGAGGAGACGACGAAGUUUGUGAGGAAAUUUUUGGAUGAUGUCGAACUGGCUGCGUGA